AUGAGCAUCUACCGCCUCAAGGUUCUCAACGUGGCCGAAAAGAACGAUGUUGCCAAAAACGUGUCCAACAUUCUCAGCGGUGGAUCAUUUCAGAGGCGAGAAGGAUUCUCAGUCUACAACAAGGUUUACGAUUUUAGCUGCGAAGUGCCGUCACUGCGCUUUCCCUGCGACAUGAUCAUGACAUCAGUCUCGGGCCACUUGCUCAACUAUGAAUUUACCCAGGCACAUGCAAGCUGGCGUUCGUGCGAUCCAAAGGUUCUCUUUAACGCGCCCAUUGUCCAAGGUCCAAGUGAACUUAAUGGCAACAAGAUUAAAAGCACUCUAGAGCGGGAAGCAGCUAAAUGCAGCGUCCUUAUCAUUUGGACCGAUUGUGAUCGCGAAGGCGAAAAUAUUGGCUUUGAAGUCAUACGAGUCUGCCAAGCAAAGAAGCCCAACAUUCGUGUCUUGCGGGCUCGAUUCUCAGAGAUUACUGUUCCGGCAAUCAACAGGGCUAUAAGAAAUCUUGUGCCACCAGAUCAAAGAAUUUCAGAUGCCGUUGAUGUUCGACAGCAACUAGAUUUGAGGAUCGGAGCCGCAUUUACUCGAUUUUUAACCAUGGGAAUACAAAAUGUAUCCUCUGCAAUGCAAAAGAACGUCGUCAGCUACGGAAGUUGCCAGUUUCCCACACUGGGUUUUGUCGUCGACCAAUGGAAAAAGAGGGAAAAUUUUAUUCCCGAAGAUUUUUGGUACAUUGAUGUCGAGUUUACUCGGGACAAUAUAACCUGCAGCUUCAACUGGAAGCGCGUACGACUCUUUGAUGAACGAUCAGUCUUGGCCAUUUUUAGCAAAAUUAUGGAAAAGCCAACUGCACAAGUGACCAAUCUUACUAGUCGUCAAAAGACCAAAUACCGACCCAUUGCCAUGGACACGGUCACUUUUGAGCGAUUGGCCUCUUCAAAGCUGAGAAUUAACGCCAAAAGAGCAAUGACUAUUGCCGAGAAGCUGUACACUUCGGGAUUUAUAAGCUACCCUCGAACAGAGACCAACAAAUUUCCCCCCGACAUGUCUCUAAACACGCUGGUUGGGCACCAAAAGGAAAGCCCUGAAUGGGGUCAAUUUGCCACUCGUCUCCUCAAUUUUGGCGGUGCAACUCCGCGUAAUGGCAACAAAUCAGAUCAAGCCCAUCCACCUAUUCACCCUACCAAAUAUGCGGGCAAUCUAACUGGAGAUGAUAAAAAGGUUUACGAGCUGAUUGCGCGCCACUUUUUGGCCUGCUGCGACAGAGACGCUCUUGGCCAUGAAGUCACCGUUGAGGCGACCAUUGAAGAAGAGGUUUUCAUUUUAAAAGGCCUCGAAAUUCAAGAUCGCAAUUACCUAGAAGUGUACAUUUAUGAAAAGUGGCACGAUAAGGAAAUUCCCAAGUUUACGCUGAAUGAGACAUUUACGCCCGACUCAAUCAUGAUGAAUACUGGCAAAACCUGUGCUCCCGAGUUGUUGACUGAAUCCCAGCUUAUCGCCCUGAUGGAGAAGCACGGUAUUGGCACUGAUGCCACUCACGCUGAACAUAUCGAAAAAAUUAAAUUGCGCAACUACAUUACCGUAACACCCGACAGACGACUAAAGCCAGAAGGCUUGGGUAUUGGCCUCUGCGAAGGAUACGAUGAAAUUGGCUAUGCAAUGUCAAAGCCUCACCUGAGAGCCGCUCUAGAAGUCGAGCUGCAGCAAAUUUGCAGUGGCACAAAGACACCCGGAGAGGUGCUAAGGAAUCAGCUGACUGAAUACGAAAAGGUAUUUGAAGAGUCGACUAAAAAGAGAGACAAACUUUUCCAAGAAAUUGUUAAGCACUUUUCUUGA